UCAUACACGACUCAAAAACUUGGGUGUCGUAAACAAUCAUGACGUUGGAUAUUACAGUGGUGCAAUGCCACAGCACGACAUAAGAGACGCGUGUGUGGCGCCCUGUCGCAGCUUGAUUACGUAGGAAAAGAGGCGGGGCAUAAAAGACGUUUGCAAUUUGAAUAUAUUUAUAAAUCGAUCUACGCAUUUUCUAUCAUCGAGAACCGUCUAUUUUACUGAUAGCGUGUGGUAUCUGAUAUAUUUGAGAAAAACACUUUCCCUAACACGUUAUUUGAAGUUGUACCACAUUACCCAUGAUCCACCCGAGCCCUCACUCGCACGCCUAUAAGCCCGGCAGGAAACAGCGUGAGGAGGAAAGCGCCUUUCUCUUUUAGCUCGGGGGUUUUAUAUACAGUCUAAACUCGAAUCCUAAUUAUCCGUAGUGAAGGUUUCUUUUUAUGUUCAAUACAACACUUGUAAUCUCGUGAAGUUCUAGUUCUGAUCGUGUUUUAGACUCUCACACACACACACACACACACACACACACACACACACACACACUCUCUCACACACAGCUUCACGUUACACAGCUGUGACGUAUUCAACGUAUUCAAGUUCCUAAAACAUCAGCCCUGACUCCAGAAGAAUGAGGAAACACCAGCAAACUGCGAUCUUCGAGUUGAGCUAGCAGGUAAAUCUCGUCCCGUGUGAAACAUCUCCUCUACCCUGAGCCUGGACACAGCAGUGUGACUUCUCUCAGACCCCAUGGCGGAUUCUCGAAAGGACAACAUUGACACAAGUAACAAAUCUGUUAACGGAAACAAUACGAAUGGCAGCUCUACUCACCCCGAGUACAUAGCCUUCGCCCUUGUGCCAGCCUUUUUCCUCCUGGGCUUGCUGGGCGUAUUGAUCUGCCACAUAUUAAAAAAGAAGGGCUAUCGCUGCACCACAGAUGCUGAGGAACCCGAUGCACCUGAAGCAGAUGAAGAAAAACAUCUGGAAGAAGGAGAUAUGAAUGACACCUACAGCGAGGGCAACACUGACACCGUGGGCCAGAUCGUCCAUUACAUCAUGUCGAAUGAAGCUAACUCGGAUGCCCUGAAGGCCAUGGUUACUGAGAACAGCACAGACUCUGAUGGUGCUCCUGUAACACCUACCUCUCCUGUUCCUGCUACCCCUGUGAGCCCCGUGUCACCCGGAGCGCCUGCCGCAGCUGCCAAACACACCUGCAACCACCUUCACACCAUCGGAGGAAUGGCUGGGCACAACAACACGUGUAACCGCUGCAGUCAUAAGAAAUGGCCCCUCAUGCGGCGAGGCUCGAACAGGAAAGUGGAGCGGCGCGCCCAUGUCGGCGAGGUCACCGUGCUGGCUGUUGGAAGGUUCCGCGUAACCAAAACUGACCCGCGGCCCACCCGGGAUCGACGCAGCCUGCUGAUCACGGAGCCUAACGGCAGUGUCCCUGCCUCUCCAGUAAAGACCGAGGCCGCUCCACUGAACAGCAGCACAUGUGCAGAGCCUAAGGAAGAGGCCGACAAUAAAAAGUGAUCACGUGGAAGGAUCGAGACCCGUUCAAGCUUAACCAAGGAAAUUUUUUUAAACAUGUUUUAAAACCCAUAAUCACAGAACUGUCGCAGCAGAGAGGGAACAAGUGUAACUCCAAGGCCACACAGACAAGCCGGAGGUAAAAGAUGGCUAGAAAGGAAAAAAAAAAAAGCGAACAGGCCUUUUAAUUUGAACUGCAGUAUUAGACUCCGCCCUCUUGCCGCCAAGGGUUUGUUUGCAUAUCUGGAAAGCGAGAGGAGGAGGAGGAGGAGGAGGAGAAGAAUGAAGAAUGCACAUCAGUUUGUUAGUUAUUCCAUCACCGUGCCAUUCCUCCCUUUAUAAACACACCGCAUCAUUAACCACGCACGGAGGCGUUUUCUACAUUUUAAUGGCUGCGAGCGUAUCCAUGGUUAAUCCACAGUCAAACAUGCGCUCACAUUACAGUGUAGACUCCUGGAUGCUUACGUGACCCAAGGUCAUGUGACUCGGUGAACUACUUCCAAGAAGCAGGGCUGUGGGUUUUUUUUUUAUAUUUUUUUUUUUUUUUUUUUUUGGGGGGGGGAAAGUGCACUCGUGAUCACUACACAGAACCACAAAUCCUUCUUGGGUAGAAUUUAACAAAGCACAUCACCCUGUACGACCCUGGUCCACCUGCGCACGACACGGCUUAGUGGGGGUUUUUUUUCCGUUGGUUUUACAUUGCUUUGCCAAACCCUUUGUGCCUUUUAACCCGAUUAGCUUGAUGUGUAAUGUAUGCUAAUGUCUGCGAAAUUGUCAAUUUAUUACUAUCCGUGUGGCAAAUAAGUGUCUGUUUCGAGUGUCUGUUUCUAUCCAGGUAGAAAACACUCCAUCACUUUCCAAAUAUCGUCUUAAAGCCAAAUGCCAAGAGUAUAUAGUGAUGCAAACUAAUACUGCUCAAACCUAGACAGAAAAAGGGACAAACGGUGUAGAAAAUUAUACUUGGAGCUUCUGCGGAAAAUAUAGUCACAAUUCACUAUUCUCUAAAUGGCUUGAGUAGUUGUUUAGUCACAGAAACUACAUAGUUCUUACUAAUUUUCUGUCCCUGUCUGGUUACCUCAUACAAAAACCGUGUCUUAAUUUAAUACAUAACAAAUACAGUGUCAUUAUACGAUGUCUAUUUUCGUAGUGUUUCCGUACUUAACCAGUAGUUAAUGUUUGGGGGGGAAAAAAUUAUAUCCUAUUGGACAAAGGCUCUUGGAUGCUGGGAAUCCAGAUUUAGUAGAGUAUAGCCAAAGGUUUUGCUAAUACAUUUAUAAUCUGAAUUGUACGAGGACACCGAGGAGACGCGUGCGUGUUUUGUCGGGGGUGUUUAAAAGAAGUGGUGAAUGGUGUGUGGAUUUUAAAUGCACUAUUGAGGCUUUGUAUAUCUACAGCAAACAUCGCAAUACUUUUCUCACAGAUAAUCAAUGUUAAAGUCAUUCCAGGUUUUUCCUCUUCUUUUUUUUUUUUUUCUCCCCUGCUUAAAAAUCCCUCCAUGUAAUCGCAUGUUGUUAGUAAAGUGUAUUUAUGUAACAUAAGGUGAAAUAUUUACCCAAAGUAAUUCGGUUCCCACUCUGUUUAGUUAAUGCUUCUUCCAAACCCCACGAAAACUCUUGCUUACGAACAAUAGGGAAUAUAUAAGCAUCGUCAUCGCGGGUCCCUGCUACCUCUCAUUCUUUUAGGGUUUUUAGCUGAAGUACUUCUUGGAGAAAUUCAAGGAAUGAACUGAACCGAAUGAAUUCGACUUGCGUAUUUAAUAAUCAAUAUUUUAAAACAAAUGUCUAAAAUAUUAUAGAAGGUAAAUAAAUGUUUGCAUUGGAUAAAAAAAAAAAAGAGGCUGUGUUAGAACUAUUGUUUUAAUUAUGUUUUUGUACCUACACUUUGUAUCUACAUUAAAAUGCGUAAAAUGUAAAAA